UAUAAUAUAAAAGUUAAAUUAAAAUCAAAAUUACACUUUCUUCUUCAUCUUCUACGGCACGUGACUUUUCCAUUUCGAGCACGUGAGCCGACAGCAAAGACCAGUAUCUCUUUCUUCUUCUUCAUCUUCAGAUCCACUACAACACAAACCACGACGAUUAAUUUGAUUUCUAGAUCGAAUUUGGAACUAUAUAUUUAAUUUUAGUUUUCGUUUCUUUUUUUCCUUGAAUUGAAAUGGCUACGAGAAAUCGGACCUUGAUAUUCAAGAGAUACAGAGAUGCGUUGAAGACCGUGAGGGUUCCGACGAGUCUUUCGGCGCAAAAUUUAUCCAAAGGACCGGUGAUCGAGAUGGUCAGCUCGUCGCUGUUGAAUUCGAGUCGGAAAUACGCUCCUCUUAGUACGGACGAUCCUGGCAAUUCAAGUAAGGGUGCAGUUACAGUUACAGUUGGUUUACCACCAUCUUGGGUGGAUGUAUCAGAGGAAAUAGCAGCUAACGUGCAACGCGCACGAACAAAAAUGGCUGAGCUAGCCAGAGCUCAUGCCAAGGCUUUAAUGCCUUCAUUUGGAGAUGGUAAAGAAGAUCAGCGCCUGAUUGAGACUCUUACUCAAGAAAUAACAAACCUUUUGAGGAGAUCAGAGAAGAGAUUACAGCUACUUUCAGCUUCUGGGACUUCUGAAGAUUCAAAUGUUAGAAAAAAUGUGCAGCGAUCUCUUGCCACAGACCUUCAGAACCUCUCCAUGGAGCUCCGUAAGAAACAGUCAGCUUAUUUGAAGCGCCUCAGGCAACAAAAAGAGGGUCAAGAUGGAGUUGAUUUGGAGAUGAAUCUACAUGGAAGUAGAUCUAGAACAGAAGACGAUGAUUUGGAUGACAUGGCAUUUAAUGAGAAUCAGAUAGCAAAACUGAAAAAAAGUGAGGCAUUCACGGCAGAAAGAGAAAGAGAGAUCCAACAGGUUGUGGAAUCAGUAAAUGAGCUUGCUCAAAUAAUGAAGGAUCUUUCAGUACUUGUAAUAGACCAGGGCACUAUUGUAGAUCGGAUAGACUACAAUAUUCAGAAUGUUGCAACUACUGUUGAAGAGGGCCUUAAACAACUUCAGAAGGCAGAGAGAACACAGAAACAAGGGGGGAUGGUAAUGUGUGCCACCGUUCUAGUUAUCAUGUGCUUUGUCAUGCUGGUCCUCCUAAUCCUCAAGGAAAUAUUUUUCUGAUCUUUGAACAUAAUUAUUGCCAUGGUUCGUUUAUACAUGAUAAUCCUACCCUUGUGAGAAUUUCACAUGCAUAAAGAUGACGAUAUGUGCACUGCGUUGCAGAAGAAUGCUGGAGUUUUGAACUGCCCCCUUUGCGUAUACUACCAGAUUAGGGGGCUACUUUGAUUUACUCAGUUUCUCUUUUAUUCUUUUAUAGGAAAAGAAAUGAAUGUGCUAAAAAUGUAUACAGCUUAACUUGUAUUUUCUUACGUUUUAUUGAUUCUUCGGAUUUUACCCAGGACUUGAGUAGUUUUGGUACCUAUGGUGCUCCUGUUUUUGAGGAGAUGAGGCAUUUGAUUUGUUUGUAUCGAUUUUUUUGUGUAAUAAAAAUGAGAAAGCAUCCAAUUUGACA